UGCGCUUCUUGUGAGGUAACUUCAUCAUAAAACAACUAGAAAUCGCCGGGUGCACUGAGCUCUUUGAGUAGCCUAUGACUGUUCACAAUUAAAGAUUAAGUUACGCUUUUUUCAGUUUGAUACAUGUUGAACAGCUCACUUCAGACCACUGAAACUAAUUGAAAUUGGUAAUGCGUUUGUGAAUUAUUCAUUAUUGACCGAAAAAGAAAGAAAACACUAAAUAUAUUAUGACUUUAUCAGUGUCAUGACCUCAUAUUUCAUGGACGUCGAGCGUGAGUAUUUACCAUGUGGAUCCUUUGCAGACUGUAUAACUGAACAGUAUCUUGGUGUCUGGAGAGGCAAUGUUAUGAAUGGAUUUAGGAAGGGAAGAGAAUGUGACUGAGUCUGCUGCUGCAUCCUCCAACUGCUGCACAACUUCUGCUGUGCUUUAUGACAACACAUUCCUUGGUCUGGAGGACAGCACCAAGCUCGUUGGAGUGCAGGCCAUACUCAUCCUUGCCUACAGCAUAAUCAUUUUGCUUGGAGUAAUUGGGAACACCCUCGUCAUCUACGUUGUAUACAAAUUCAAAACGCUACGCACCGUCACUAACUUUUUCAUCACAAAUCUUGCAAUGGCGGACCUGCUGGUGAACACCUUAUGUCUGCCGUUCACUUUGAUAUACACCCUCCAGGAUUCGUGGAAGUUUGGGCAGGUCAUGUGCUUCAUGCUCCCGUACGCUCAGGGUCUGGCGGUGCACGUUUCCACGGUGACCCUGACCGUCAUUGCGUUGGACAGACACAGGUGCAUAGUCUAUCACAUGCAGACCAAAAUGUCCAAGGACAUGUGCUUUGUCAUCAUUGCCGUAACCUGGGUCAUCAGCGCCAUUUUAGCCAGCCCGCUGGCCAUCUUCAGAGAAUACGCGACGUUCAAUCUGUCCCCCACGCAGCCCAUCCACGUGUGCAUGGAGAAGUGGCCCGGCAGCCACAGGGAUGGCACCAUCUACGGCAUCUUCGCCUUCCUCCUGCAGUACGGCCUGCCCCUGUCCAUCAGCUCCUUCGCCUACGUGAAGAUAUGGAGCAAACUGAAGAGCCGCGGCACUCCGGCGGGAGGACGAGAUCGCCACCGGAGACGGCGGAACACCACCAAGAUGCUGGUCGUCAUGGUGGCGGUGUUCGCCGUGAGCUGGCUGCCCUUCCACGCCUUCCAGCUGGCCGCCGACACCGACAGCACCGUGCUGGACAUGAGGGACUUCAAGCUCCUCUACACCGUCUUCCACAUCGUCGCCAUGUGCUCCACUUUCGCCAACCCCAUCCUGUACGGGUGGAUGAACAAGAACUACAGGGACGCGUUCAUGGCCGUGUUCAACUGUGAGCGGAGGCACGAAUACGUCCACCCUCCAGCUCACGGGAGAGUUGGAACCAAAAAGGCCCUGGAGGCUGAAGAGUCUCUAGAUUUGAAGGCCAUCAGUGUCUAAAGACAGAGCAGAUAUUAAUGAUGUGGUGCACGUUUUUAUCACCUGCAAGGAUAUGUGCAAAUCAAUUAGCAUUCUCUGCUGGCAUGCAG